AUGACCUGGGCAAACAAUACUGGUGUCACUGAAUUCAUCUUGCUGGGAUUUUCUGGACAUCUUCAGCUGCUUCUUUUUGUGGUAUUUCUGGCUGUAUAUAUCACAACGGCGUUGGGAAAUAUCCUUAUCAUCUUUCUCACAUCCACAGAUCCAGCCCUUCAGAUCCCCAUGUAUUUCUUGCUCAGGAAUUUGUCCCUUGUAGACAUCUGCCUUGCCCUGGUUAUACUCCCGAAAAUGUUGGUGAAUCUCCUUUCAGAGCACAAAGGUAUCUCCUUCCUUGGAUGUGUGAUGCAGAUGUUUUUCUUCUUGUUUUUGGGAGGUUCCGAGUGUUUCCUCCUGGCUGCCAUGGCUUAUGACCGCUACGUAGCCAUAUGCAAUCCCUUACGCUACACAGUAAUUAUGAAGAAGGGGAUGUGUGUCCAGCUGACCCUAUUUUCCUGGUGCUCUGGUGUUGUGGUGGGAACAGUCCAAACCACGUGGGUGUUUAGUUUCCCAUUUUGUGGCCCAAAUAAGGUAGAUCACUUUUUCUGUGACAGCCCACCUGUGUUAAAAUUAGCAUGUGCAGACACUUACCUGUUUGAGAUAUAUGCUGUCACUGGAACUAUUUUAAUUGUUCUCUUCCCAUUUAUGCUCAUUGUGGUUUCCUAUGUCUGUAUCCUCAGAACCAUCUUAAAAAUACCAUCAGCCCAAGGCAGACACAAAGCUUUUUCCACUUGUACUUCACAUAUUGUUGUGGUGAUUUUGUUCUAUGGCACAGCUGGACUUACCUAUUUCCAGCCAAAAUCUAGUUAUUCUCCAGAGCUUAAGAAACUCUUGUCAUUAUCUUACACAGUCUUCACCCCCAUGCUGAAUCCUAUUGUCUACAGUUUGAGAAAUAAGGAAGUAAGGGGAGCCACGCAAAAAGUGUUAUGCAGGAAAAUGCAGGAACUGCAUUUGUAA